AUGGAAGGAAAUUCGCACCCUGAUUGCACGUCACAGAGAAGAAGGUUUACAUCAACUGAAGAUCAGAAGAUAAUUCAUUUAGUUGAAGAUUUGAAGAUUCAUUCGUGGGAAGCCGUUGCAAAGCAUAUUCCAUUCAGAACAGCAAGCCAAUGUAGAGAUAGGUAUAAUCACUACUUGUCUGUGAAGGUUGUAAAUAAGCCAUGGUCUCUUGAAGAAGACGAGAUAAUUUAUAAUAAGUUCAAAGAAAUCGGCCCAUUAUGGAGUGUAAUUGCAAAAGAUCUUCCUAUAAGAAAUGGUUCAUGUAUAGGGUGGCAGGAAACCCCCGUAGCAUCUAGGGAUCAAAAGGAGAUAGCUACAUUCUAG